AUGGAGAGGAGUCAUAAGAAAACUCAAGGGAGGAAGAAGAUCGCUAUCAAGAUGAUCGAGGACGAGACCUCGCGAAGGAUAACUUUCUCCAAGCGACGUAAUGGCCUCUUCAAGAAGGCGAGCGAGCUUUCCACUUUAUGUGGUGCAAACAUGGCCGUUGUCCUUCUAAACAAUGGCGGAAAAGCGUAUUCCUUUGGAAGCCCGAGUGUGAAUAUGGUCACAAACCAUUAUUUGAAUUGUGCCUCGGGGUCUAGUGGUUGUGACUCUGCCCGCUACAUCGCAGACUAUCAUGCGUCCCAAGUCAAACAACUCAGCCAACAAUUUCAAUUGUUGAGCCAAAAACUUGAUGAUGAGAAGUCUCGCGACCUAAAAGUUGGGGAAAUUGUUCCAAAUCACGAAUGCGAUGAUUUGAGGUCAUACAUUAACAAGCUUGACCUAGGAGAUAUGGAGAGACUUAAGACUACUAUGGAGGAGCUUAGGGAGAAAGUCAGGCUCCGCGUUAAUAAACUCGGAGGCAUCUCAGAAGUUUCAUCGUCUCGGAACAACAAAGAGGUAAUGACGUCAAACACACCAACGAUUGAGAAUCCUAGAUCUCCUAUUCCGCUCGACUGGUUAAAGUUGUGA